AUGUCUGCCCAGAACGACAGCCGCUACGACCCCUACAUCCCUUCGGGCAAUGCCAGCUCCGACCCCUCGGGCGGCGGCGCCAACUUCUCCAACUCCAAGACGGCGCGCAUCCACUCGGAGAUCGACAACACCAUCUCGAUCAUGCGCGACAACAUCAACAAGGUCAACGAACGUGGCGAGAACCUCAACAGCCUCCAGGACAAGACCGAUAACCUCGCCGUCUCGGCACAGGGCUUCCGACGAGGCGCCAACCGCGUCCGCAAGCAGAUGUGGUGGAAAGACAUGAAGAUGCGAAUCAUCAUUGGUAUCGGCAUCGUCAUCCUUCUCUGCGUCAUCAUCACGGAUUACGCGAUCUGGAAGCUCUCGAAGCCGAAAAUCCGACCCACCGUUUCCGAUCCAGGCGGCGCAUCGUUCCAAGCAGCUCCCAAUCAACACCUGACAUCCCGCCACGACGUAUCGACCCUCGCUCGACCUUCGCCCAACACCAUUCCCCGCUUCAUCCGUGGCAGCAUGCUUUCGAGCGCAUCAAGGACAGGUAUGCUCGCAUCCGCCGGCCGUGCGGGUCUCGUCGACGCCUCCACCUCCUUCAAGCUCGCACGACCCGCCUCUCUGCGCCGAAGCCUGGCUAGCCAUGCGACCAACGCAGCAAAGCCUCCCACGGGCAUCCUGCUCAUGAACAUGGGUGGUCCCUCCACCUCCACCACCGAGGAGGUCGGCGACUUUCUCUCGCGCCUCUUUCACGACCGCGAGCUCAUCCAGCUCCCCUUCCAAUCGCGCCUCGCCCCACUCAUCGCACGCAGGAGGACGCCCAAGAUCGUCGACCAGUACAACAAGAUCGGCGGAGGCUCGCCCAUCCUGCGCUGGACCAGGACGCAGGGAAAGGCCAUGACAGAGCUGCUCGACGAACUCCACCCAGAGACCGCGCCUCAUAAGGUCUAUGUCGCCUUCCGCUACGCACGCCCGCUCACCGAAGAGGCGCUCGACGAGAUGGCAGAGGAUGGCGUCACCCGCGCCGUCGGCUUCACACAGUACCCGCAGUACAGCUGCAGCACCACCGGCAGCAACCUCAACGAGCUCUACCGCGAGAUCCAGAGGCGCAAAGAGCGCGGUGCUCCCGAAGGCGACAUCUCGUGGUCGCUCAUCGACCGAUGGCCCACACACCCUCUGCUCGUCGAGGCAUUCACCAACCGCAUCCAGGCCGUGCUCGACACGUAUCCAGAGGACAAGCGCCACAAGGUGCCCAUCAUGUUCAGCGCGCAUUCGCUGCCCAUGCAGAUCGUUUCGGGCCGCGGUGACCCCUAUCCGGCCGAGGUGGCGGCGACCGUGGCUGCCGUCAUGACGCGGCUCAAGUGGAGCAACCCUUACCGAGUCACAUGGCAGUCGCAGGUGGGUCCCGCCGCUUGGCUCGGCCCGCAGACCAGCGACACCAUCAAGGGCUGGGCCAAGCAGGGCCACAAGGACGCCAUCGUCGUGCCCAUCGCCUUCACCAGCGACCACAUCGAGACGCUCUACGAGAUCGACAUUGAGCUGCAGGAGGAAGCCGAGGAGCACGGUAUCACGCUCAAGCGCGCAGAGUCGCUCAACGACGAACCCACCUUCAUCCGCGCCAUGGCCGAGAUCUGCGCAUCGCACCUCUCCAACCUCGAGGGCACGCCCAACAGGAACAACGACAGGCGCGGCGAAAACGUCUGGACCCAGGGCUACACCAGCAAGCAGAUGCUGCUCAGGUGUCCCGGCUGCGUCAACGCCGUCUGCGGCGAACAAAAGGCUUUCUUCGGUCGCACCCCCCAGCCCUAG